AUGGCAGCGGCUAGCAUAAGAAAAACUCCUUCACUCGUUGAUCGUAGACUCGAGUCGAUCACAACAGCAGGUUACUUUGGCCUCACCAGGACUUCUAACUUCACCGCAUCUUCCAUUCCUCAUGGAUUCCCAGCAUUCCUCGAAACCGGGCAGGUUUGGACUCCUGCCGAGUUCGCCGAUGAAGUCCGCUUUGUUGUUAACCUGACAGCAGAGGAUAAGCAAGAGCUUGACGAGGCUCUUGACGCUUUCAAGUCUCUUUGCCUCGAUGGGAAUCUGGUGGAUCGUAACAACUUCCCCCUUAAUCGACUUGGCCAAACUCUGGAUUCCGUCGCGGCAGAGAUACACAAUGGGCGAGGCUUCUGCGUUCUUCGAGGACUAGAAACGGAUCGGUACUGCCUUGAGGAUGGCAUGAUCGUGUUCUUGGGAAUACAGAGCUAUGUUGCGGAGAAGCGGUUGCGUCAAGAUGAGGUUGGCAACAUGCUUGUCCAUGUGACAGCUGAUCCCAGCAAUGAAAGACUAUCGAAGCAUGUGCGAUACUCGACAGAUACAAUUCCCUUCCAUACAGAUCCUGACGCGGAUAUACUUGGUUUCCAGACAAGAGAUGUGGCUGCAGCUGGUGGAAAAUGUGUGCUAGCUUCGGGACACAGCAUCUAUAACGAGCUUGCGCGGACAAGACCUGAUAUCAUAGCAACACUGGCAGCACCAGACUGGCCAUUCGCCCUACCAUACUACUAUCAACGGCCGGUUCUCUUCUACCACCACAGCAGAAUAAUCUUCUGCUUCACUCGCCUCGCCCUCGUUGGCAACGAAUUUUACCCCCGUCCUACCUCCAUCCCAUCGAUCACUCCCCAACAAAGAGAAGCACUUGAUGUUCUGAACUCCCUAGCCGAGAAAAGCCGUCUUGAGAUAGCACUACAACCGGGCGAUAUAUACUUCGUCAAUAAUCUGGCGUUGCUACAUCGGCGAGACGAGUUUGUUGAUGAUGCGGAACACAAGCGACACUUGGUGAGGAUGCAUUUGAGGAAUGAGAAGCUGGGAUGGGAUAUACCGGACGAGUUGAAGAGGUUCUGGGAUAAUGCUCUGGAUGAGGAAAGGGGGGAGCGUUGGCAUAUUGAGCCCAUGCCAGAGUCGUUCUUUCCGCUAAAGUUAGGCUCUCAUUGA